CGAUCACGCUCAAUCAGAUGUACGCCAAGUGACAUUUCAUUGCCAAAAAUUCAUAAUGGUAUUGAUAUUUUCGUCGUCCCCCGAUAUCUAUUGUUUCCAAACAUUACAUUAUUUGGAGCAUAGUGGUCGACGCCCAGAGUUACACGUUAGUGCCAAAACAUUUUAGUUACUUCCCUUGACCUUGAUUUUUAGCUGCCAACUGAAGUAGAAAGCUUUUGUUGACAUAAGUCCUGGUAAUUGGCCCAGAUUGUGAUAGAAAUGAGUACCUACUGUUGCCAACUAGUAUAUUAAAGUAUUGUGAAGUGUUGGAAUAGUAUACGCGCACAUCAGAAAUCGCGUUUAGUGUUCAAAGCGACUUAGUAAAUACUCUUUGCAUAGAGAAAGGGAAUGUUUCAGUUCUACCGUUUCAUACUUAAUCUAUGGCGUUACCAUGACAACAUAAAUAUAAACAUUGUUUUUGAAAUCGAAGCGAUGUAAGACGUGCAUUGAAUUGAACACAAAAUAUUGGAAUCAAGAGCUAACAAGUUUUUUUAAGCGUUUAGAAAUUUCACCAUAGACAUUAUUGGUUUAAUGUUUUUAUCACGGCAUCGCGAACUGUUGUAGUUUAAGAGAUGGAUUUGAAUGUAAUGGAUAAAUUGCGUUUACUGAAAAUCGACACGGAAUUAAGACCAAAGAUCAAAAUGAAGCCGAUGAGUCGUUAUUAUUUCCUCACCACCACAAAUCCUGUUGAGCAAUUCUUCGUUUUCGCAUCGACUGCCGCCUGGCUCAUCCGGAAAACUGGUCAAGAGUUCGAGCAGCCAAAUGAAGAAGACGAUCCCAAUGCAACCAUAGCAAGCAUACUAGAUGUAUUACGCGAAAGAGAAAUAGCAGUGGAUUUCUCUUCACACAAACUUAAACAAGGUUAUGGAGACCAAGUCUGUUAUAUUUUAAAUGUUUUAGCUGACGAAGCGUUAAAAAAAGAAAAUUUUGAAUGGGAGAAACCCAUCGUUGAUAUCCCUGAUCCUGAAGAAUCAGCUGAUGACGUCGAUCAAAUAGAAGAUGAGACGGAAAUAUUUCUUGAUAAAGUCGAAGAAGAGAUGAUUAGACAUUCCGAUGAUUCUGGAGACGAGAAUAAAGAAGAAAAGGAAUCAACGAAAUCUCUUACAACAGUUCACGAUUGGGAAGAAUGGAAACUGGAAUUGGAAAGAGUAGCACCAGCUUUGAGAUUGAAAAUAUCAGCCGACGGACGAGAUUGGCGAGCGAGAUUAGCACAAAUGGAAACCUACAAAAACGAACUAUUUGAAAGACUCAAAACGACCGGUUCACAAUUGAACAAAGUGCACGGUAACAUAAGUUCAGUAAUGGAUAAAGUCGCUGCACGUGAAAACAUUUUGAACGAACAAUUUGAACCUCUUGUUAAGGAAUAUGGAUCACUUUUGAACGAGUUAAAGAAAGCUACUGAUGAAUGUAAAGAAGUGAGUGCCGGAGUUACUGAACGACAGGAGAAACUGAACGAAGUUACUGCAAAGGUGGAAAAUAUCAAGCAGAGAACAGAACAGAAGGGAUCUUCCAUGAAUGAUACAUCUCCUUUGGUGUCCGCUAAGAAAGCUGUGGAAGCAUUAAAGAAGGACAUUCAAGAAUUAGACUUUCAGAUAAUAGUUUUAUUGUGGCUUCUGAUAUCGAAGGAAAGUCCGAAAAGUAAUAAUUUUUUGACUAAUACUGAAUCUGGAAUAUUAAAUAAGGAAUAUUAAAAUAA